UCAUCUAUUGCCACUGCGGCCGAGGACGGAGCUCUGGUUCAGGCGGACAGCAGCGGCACAAUUACUGGAGUGGCUCUCCACUCCACCCACCUACUCAGAUUUGCCCUUGGCAUUUACUCCCCCACCUACAAUAUCAGGCAGUCCAUUACUAAGCCCGUUGCAAUGUGGAAGCGCCAGCGCCUCAUGCCACUCUCUGCCUACCGUGCUGUGGCUGGCUAGUAGUACCGUAGCUUGCCACUGUCACCACACGCUGCGUUGUUGUGGUCUGUCAAACUCUGUACCAGUGUACCACCGCUCUGAGCAUGCCCAUGGCGGCCUUCAAGCUGUCCGUGCUCGCCGCCGCCUUGGUUUGCUGCUCCCUCGCGCGGGUGUCCGAAUGCGGCGGCGGAGGCCAAAACUACACCUCCAUGUUCAGCUUCGGCGACUCGCUCACCGACACCGGCAACCUGCUCGUGUCCAGCCCGCUCUCCAACCGCAUCGUCGGCCGCUUCCCCUACGGCAUGACCUACUUCCACCGCCCCACCGGCCGAUGCUCCGACGGCCGCCUCGUCGUCGACUUCCUUGCGCAAGCGUUUGGCCUGCCGCUGCUGCAGCCGUACCUGUCGCGCGGGAAGGAUGUCCGGCAGGGCGUCAACUUCGCCGUGGGCGGCGCCACCGCGAUGGAUCCGCCCUUCUUCGAGGAGAUCGGCGCGUCCGACAAGCUCUGGACGAACCUGUCCCUGAGCGUUCAGCUCGGGUGGUUCGAGCAGCUCAAGCCUUCACUCUGCAAGUCACCCAAGAGUUGCAAGGAGUACUUCAGCAAGUCCCUGUUCCUCGUUGGAGAGAUUGGAGGAAACGACUACAACUACGCGUUUUUCAAGGGCAAGACUCUGGAUGACGCCAAAACUUACGUUCUCACGGUCGCCGGCGCGGUCACCGAUGCCACUGAAAGGCUAAUCAAAGCAGGCGCGAUGCACCUGGUGGUGCCGGGGAACCUGCCGAUCGGCUGCUCGUCGGCGUACCUGACCUUACACCCCGGCAGCAACAAGAGCGACUACGACUCCGUGGGCUGCCUCAAGACGUACAACGACUUCGCGCAGCACCACAACGCCGUGCUCCAACAGAAGCUGCAGCUCCUCCGCACCAAGUACCCGCAUGCCAGGAUCAUGUACGCCGACUACUACGGCGCCGCCAUGUCCUUCGCCAAGAACCCCAAACGGUUUGGGUUCAAGGAAGGGCCGCUGCGGUCGUGCUGCGGCGGCGGCGGGCCGUACAACUUCAACCCGCAGGCGAGCUGCGGCGUGCCGGGGUCCCGCGUGUGCACGGACCCAUCGGCGUACGCCAACUGGGACGGCGUGCACCUGACGGAGGCCGCGUACCACGCCAUCGCCAACAACAUCCUCAACGGCCCCUACACCAGCCCCAGGCUCCUCUGAUCGAUCCAUCAUCUCAGGCUUAUUGCUCGGCAACUGAUCUGUAGUAGCAAGAAUGUGACUCUGAGCUAGGUGUGGUAAUUAAGCUGUUGAACUAGCGUGAAAUGACACUGGAAGAGUAACUCGUAAGUAAAA